GGGAGAUCGCAUUGCUACGUGCCUUUCUCCUUUGGUGCAUGACCUGAUUUGUAACCUUGGGUUUGAACUCAGAGAAAAUUGCGAUAUCCAUAGCAUUGUAAGUCAGAAUGGGGAAGUCUGCUGGGAAGCACUUACAGGCCGUGUAAGCUGUGCAGAGUCAGGGCAGAGUCUGGAUUACAGGGGAAGUGUGCGGAUGCUGGGUCCUGUCUGUGAGGCCAUCCAUACACAUAUCUUAUCUCUGACCAGGGCGCAGUUUGAAAUUAAGUAUUCACCGUGGUUCCAGUGGACUGCCUAUCCUGAGUUGUUUCUUGAGAUAUUUGAUGCCGUGGAAAGCCUGAACUCUCCUGCCAUCUCCCUCAGUGUGAUGAAACUGGCUUCCUGUCUGGAACGAGCCUUAGGGGAUGUAUUUUUACUGCUCGGGAAAGAGUGCCCCUUUCUUCUCAGAGAUCUCCUUGCAUCUGCAGAGCUCGCACAAGUCUUUGGACAUGGUGUGAUGGACGUACUGAAAGUCUUCAUCGGGUCCCCCUGUGGACUCAACCUGAGGAACAUCUUGUGGCAUGGCUUCGCCUCCCCUCAAGACAUCCCUCCAAAAUACUGUUCAACUAUGCUGUUGUUGACUGCGGGACUGGGUCAGUUACUGAAGAGCUACCUUCACCAAACAGAAGUCACAUUGGCACACCGACCUUUUGUAACUCUUACAAACCUAGAGGAUGUGAUUGUUUUUCCUGGCGUUACUUACGAGGUGCUCUCAGCGUUAGAGAAGGCGAUGAUGAAAUCCACCUUCGUACUAAAAAUCAUGUUACCAUACUGGGAAAUGGCAGUGACCAAGUUCAAGUUGCACAGGUUUGCUGACUGCACCAUGCUGCUGCUGCCGCAGCUAGAAGCUGGGCUCAGGAGAGUUUUUGCUGCAGUUAACAAAUGUCCUGAUAGACUCCUCACAGCAGAGUCAACAAUUUUAUAUACCACAUUUGAUGAAAUACUGGCAAACCACUUGAAUGAUGGCAGCAUCAACCAGCUUCCUCCUUUCCUCGGAGAGCCUGCCAUGGAAUUCUUGUGGGAUUUCCUGAACUAUCAGGAGGGUCCCCGCAUCCGAGAUCGUCUGAGCCACGGGGAGAUCAACUUACGUGAAUUUCCGAGAGAAGCGGCAAGCCAGCUGCUCACAUUCUCCCUGGUGCUUCUGCUCAGAUUCACUGAGGAAGGCUCCCUGUCAGAGCUGAAGGCGGAAGCAGUAAUUCAGUUGCUGGUUAGUCUAGCGCAAGGCUACAGAUCCCGUUGCCACCCAGCCUUCCAGCUUCAAAAACAGGUGCUGAGCUGUGAGGAAAGCCUCAGGAUGUGGGAUGUGGUGCCUUUGCCGGAAGAGCAGCGUCAGGAAGCAGCCAGAUUGGAAGGUAAUUCUGAAGCAUAUGCCUGCAACUCUUUAAUUAGCAAGAUUUUGUGUGAGUUCUGCCGUCAUAUGCCUGGGAACACCUGUGCUGUAGAUGGCUUGGAUGGCCUUCCCCGGGAGAGGUGGCCCCAGCUGCUCAGGGAGCUCUGCAGCACACGCAUCCCCACCCUGUUCUGCCCCAGACUCGUUCUAGAAGUUGUGGUUGUGCUCCGAGGCAUCAGCUCCCAGUGCCAGCGUGUAUCCGACCAGGUCAUUGCCUCUUUGCAGCUGAGACACAGGCAGUGGGUGGAGCGUAGGCUGCGGUCCAGGCAGCGGCAGAACUAUCUGCGCAUGCUCAACAGCGUUAGCCUCUUGUCCGCUGUGCUCCAUGUGACUUCGCUGCUCCUUGCACUGGAAGUGGCCAGUGUGCACGCUGUCCAGGGUAAAAGUUCCCAGGAGCGCCAUCAGUACCUGAGGUUCUUAAAAUCCAUCCUGCAGUACACUGAGAAUCUAGCGGCCUACACCAGCCCGGAGAAGAACAAGUGGAAAGAAGCCAUCAGUCUUACUCAUGCAGUUCUUUUGAGAAUUUGCACGUUCAGUGAGAAGAAACAAAUGCUAAUGCACUUAGCCAAAAACUCCACAAAUCAAGUUGACACACGUUGACAAAGAAAACGAAAGUCAGGCUCCUUUUGGCUAUGAGAGAAGACUCAGACAGAUGCACUGGCCAGUGAGUUAGGUAGCAUCUGAAUGUGGGAUGGAUUUCUGGAUCAUUCUGACCUUGUAGCAGGGAUGCUGGUGGCUCUAGGGGAGAACGGAGUCAUCCCAUGGGAGGAACAGCUCCACCCCUCUCUCAUUUGGUGUCACUGUGGCCCCUGGGCCGGUCUUGAUGCCUGCAGAAGAUCGGGGUUUUCAUGCCCUCGUGGUGCCCAGCGGGAGGUGUGGUCACUGCUUUGCCCAGAAACACGUGGCUUCGCAUAUCCUGUCGACCCCCUGUUCGUUCUUAGGAGCUGUCCUUGUAGCUAUGGUCUAGGCAUACAAACCGUGGGGGUGUGACAGAUAGGCUCAGUUUGAUGUGUGGGAUAGUUACAGUUCUCCCCAGGGGCAGGAUAGUGUUCCUCCGUGUGCAUUCUGUGGGUAAGUUAAUGAGCAGGAGCAGCCUGUGAAGGUGGAGCUCACAAAGCUGGGUGACAGACCGCAGGUCCCCAGGGAGCACUUGGCAGAGAACACAUUUGUAGAUGUGAAGGCUGAGUGUAGGAGUCUCUGAAGAGUUGGAGGAGAAGAGACCAUCGAAUCCCAAGAAUUGCCUGAAAGGCCGCUCUCUUGUUUGGGGAUCUGGGAAGAGAGAGUUCCUCCUCAGUUGGUAGUGGCAGGAUUGGGGAGGCUGCAUUACCUGCAUAUGUGAUACCGCACUUAGCCAUACCAACCUCAGUGGGCCAUGCCUUCUCUCACCCACCUUCCAGACUGUGGCUGGAUGUGUCCUGCAGCCAGACAAAGAGACUCUGGGGGUACUUUAUGGCAUAUUCUGCCUGUUCCUUUGUAAUUUUAAAGCCCACCACACACACACACACA